AUGAAGCUUUGCGUCGCCCUUUUUACCGCUUUCGCCAUCAACGGCAUUAACGCUUUGUGGGGCAUACCGCCUCAAUAUACGACCAACGAACAGCUCCGGCAAUAUUUCGGGGGGAAUUUUAUUUCAUGCAUGCAUAUUUGCCAUAGCUGGCAUGUGUCUCCAGAUGGCGGUAACAAACCGGACACACCCGCCAUUCAAAACUCCUGCCUGGUUGAUUGCAAGGCUAUUUUUGAAUAUGAGCGAACAGUAUAA